UUAGAACAAUAUUAAAUUGGUAAAGGUAAAAUUAAUGAUCAUUUUUAUUUAAUAGCUACAAAUAGAAUCUACAUAAGUGAAGUGAUAAUCUCAACCGGGCAACCACAUGGACGUCGAUGGAAGUCCACAAGAAGUUUGCUUCUCUGAUCCACAGCCAUCUCAGGCUACCAGCUGUACUGGAGGAGCUAGAGACUGGUGAUGACUGGGUCCUGGCUGAGAUGCCUGGUGCUGACAGUGUGCUGGUUACUCAGGAGUACACACGGCUGGUGCUGGACGGCACACCUGCCGCUGUAGGGAGGGCUCUGGUUGAGAGGGGGUUAUUAGACCAUCGUGCGUUCAGGGGGUCUGUACUAAGGAAUGUUGGUCAAUUAUCGCUGAGUCAAUUGACGGGGCUUGUACAAGAGGAGCUGCUCGAAUUCAAUGAUCUAUUAUCAAAGGAAGCUAUUGAUCACAUACUAUCUCUGUUGUCACCGGAUAUAGACUGGACAACCACACAAGAUCUACUGUGUAGAGCCAUUGCAGCCGCAUAUCCCAGAGGUCAUAGGUCAAAUACGGAACUAGCUCAACACCUCACACUAUCGCUGAUCUCUUCCUUGUCCCAGAGUGCUGUGUGUUUGUCCAUCAUCCAGAGUGUCAGGAGUCGGCUACAGCAAGAUGCUAUGGAUGACCUUUGUACUCAAUUGCUGCUCAAUAAACUCUCAGAAAACACUCCACAGAGUUUUGAGAGCGUUUUGCAGAGCCAAGAAAAAUGGAAAUAUUCGUGUCUCCCAGUAACUACCAAACAGUUCUUCAGCAUGCUGGUGCGAGGUAGUGACAGUCUACUGGGCCCUCUCCACUCUACCCUCGUGUAUUGCCCCCAGGUACACUGGGGACACCUCCUCUCAUUCACAGUCUGCCUACUUCACGGUAACUCUCCAUCCGGAAUCAAAGAUGCGCUCAUGCAGAUGCUUCAGCAUUCGUUGUCUGGUGAGCUUGUUCUAUUGUUCCGCUGCUCGCUACUCAUGAGCAGGCAAGCGUCACUAGAGGGAGGUCACCUGUUUCCCAGCUACUCUCAGUGGUUCAAGGAGGUGUGUGAGAAAGCUGUGAAACCUGACAGUGAGAAAGCUGAGAAAGCUGUGAAAGCUGUGAAUUUCAAAGCUGUUAGUGGCAAAAAACAGGUUCAGUUCCUCACAAAAUGGUUAACAGAUCUUGUGCCCCAGGAACCAGCCUACGCUCUCAAGGCACACCUAGUACUGGCCAGCUCUAGCCUCGAGGUUAACAAGAGAGCCACUCAGGACUACACUGACCUCGUCAAGACACGGCUAUCAGAGAUUAAGGAGCCGGUCGAUCGAAUGUCCUGUCUACCACCCUCAGAGUUAAAAUCUGUUGUGAGUCAUAUGGAGAAAGCUCUGGCUAAAUUCAAGUCGUCUGGUUGUGUACCGGAUUUCCUCAAAGGAAUGCAUACGUUUAACAAACCUUACUACCAGGAGAGGUUUCUACGUUAUCUCCUCUCUCCCAGUAACUAUGAGAACAAGGACGUUCAGGAUCUGAUUGGAGCUUUGAAACAGAACAAGAUGAUUCCAGAGAAAAUGCUCAGUAGAUUCAAAAUAUUAGCUGAAACCAAAGGAGAUGUGUCACUAAUGGAUGGUGUGAUGAGUGACCCGUCUUAUCUCUCGGAGCUUUCACAAUCGCUCUCCCUCUCCACACAUAUCACAACCGCCCACGUUGAGUUUGUGGACAAGCUAUUAAGUCGAGUGUGCGAGACUAUCUCCACCAACUCUCCCUCAUGGAUAGUGGCUCUUCUGGGCAUGCUCAGUAGACACCCCACCUAUUGCCAGGCUCUUCUUGUAAGGCUAGAGGAACUGCUGAGCCAGCAAGUGGCCUCACUGACAGAGGUACAAGUGGCCGGCCUGGGCACUCUGGUUGGGUUCCUGUGGGACAACAGCUCUGGGCUAGAUCACACAGUCAGUGUGCAAUGGGGAAAUGCAGAGACACUGAGGGAACUGGCAGAGCUUCUCAUUGGACGCCUACCCGUGUGGUCAUGUGAUCGGGAGGUUGCUACAGCAACCCUGCUGUUCACCACCCACUGCACACAGUGUAUUGAAAGCCUGUGCAGUGAGAACAUUCCAACCACCUUACAGACGAGGAUGGCGUAUAUGAGGCACAGAGUUGGAUAUGGGAGUACAGAAGUAUGUCUUCCAAAGGUGUGUUUUGGUGAGUGGUUGAGAUGGGAGAUACAGCGAGGAGACACUGACUACCUCCAACCAGAGCAAAGAUACCUGUACAUGAGGGAGAUGUUGACUCACUUCACUGGCAGUACUGAUCAAGUGUCUUUGUGUGUGGAGUGCUUCACUGUGCAAUGCUCUCUACCAGUCAAAGCUCACGCUCUCACCAUGCUCAUGCUGCUCUCAUCAGAUGUAAGGUCGUCAUGGCUACCCGACGCUAUCAAGAACGCUAUACACAAUGUAUCCAACGACAACGACGAUGGUUCUCUUCUCCACAGAGUUGUGCACAUUGUCUGCAGUCUACCGGCUCCACUGUUGCUAGGCAACCACCACCUACUGGCCGAAUGCCUCAGGCUAUUAUUAGGCUUGGGGUCAAAGUUCAUUCUACCGUUGGAACUGGUUGUUCACUUGAGUAGACCUGACGAGAUUGACCUUUGCACCCUCUCCCCGCUGUAUCACGCCUCUACCGUUGUACACUCCCCCAGACUUACCUCAUCACUACCACCCACUCUCAGAUCUCAAGUCAGCUGGCUACAUAACAAGGGUCCACUACCGGUGAAUUUUAACCCCUCACUGUUGGGGGUGUGUUGGUUCUGUCACUAUGCUAGUAACCAUGGUAAUAUAAUAACGGACGUAAAGGCGGCUGUACAAGCAAUGAGCCAAUCAGAUUUGAGUGAGUUCACUGGUGUGGUGACUGAUGCUAGUGUGCGUACAAUGAGUCAAUGUUACCCCAGCUGUCCUCAAUACAUGAGGAGUCUUGUGAAGGAUUGUGUAAAGCUCUCUCCUCAAUGUGUACUGUUGUUCAGUAGCGACCCACCUAAUCAGCACACACGUAUAUUCAGGAGAGAGUUUCCUUGCUCCACUAAUUCGUCCCUAUAUCCAUUGCUACUCUUUGAUGUUCUGAAGGAAGUGCCUGAGGCUGGACUGGUCCAGUUGGUUUGUGAGUGUCCUCCAAUCCUUGAGCUGGUACUGUCAGCACACAAGACUGUAAUGGAGUCCUGUGAUAUACUGGAGUUGCUCACAGCUUCCACACACACUGCCAAGCUGUUGUUGAAGAAUUUUCCUGAACUAUCUGCUCAGACCACCAGCCUUCAUCCCUCCCUCAAGCUAUGGAUGAACUAAACCAAGCAUCAUGUUAUUAACAUUAUUUAUCUAUCUUUUGUGGAAUGCCUGGAAUUUGGACUGCAUAACACUCAUAAUGUAUUUGAUAAGUUGGCU